AUGAGUAAAGAAUGCAUUCAAGUUUUUGCAAGAGUUCGCCCAUGCGGAGACCCUGCAAAUGACUUUAAUGGUGUUGCUAUCGAUGAGCUUGAUGGGCAUAGUCUCCGUUUCAACUUACCUCCAGGAGUUUCAUCUGGAGUUCCAGCCACACACCAUUUCAACUUCUCUGGUAUAUUCUGGAAGGAUAGCGAGCAGACUCAGAUAUUCGAUGUUGUUGGCAGACCUUUACUCGAACACGCUUUGAAUGGAUACAAUGCAACUCUUUUCGCUUAUGGCCAAACUGGCUCAGGCAAGACAUUUACCAUUAUAGGCGAUGGCACAAGAGAAAACGCAGGCAUUGUUCCACGCGCUAUUGAAGUCGUUUACGAGAAAAAGAAACAACCAGAUUAUCAAAACCUCGAAAUUCAAAUAUCAUACUUAGAAAUAUACAACAACGUAGCAUAUGACCUUCUUACUGCUUCUCCGAACAAGCAAAUGAACAAAUUAGAGGAUUUAACAAAAGUUACAUUCGUUGAAAAAGGAAAUAAGACAUUAUUCAAAGAUUUACUGACAGAGAAAUCUCCUACAUUCGAGAGUGCCCAUAAACUCUUCUGGCUUGGCGAAACUGCGAGACAAAAAGCCGCAACAGUUAAUAACAAAUAUUCAUCACGUAGCCACACGAUCUUUACAUUCCAUUUCACUCUCGAGACAGAUACAAGGAAGCUCAAAUCCCAAAUCAACUUCGUUGACUUAGCCGGUUCCGAAAAAUUUGGUUCAUUAGAAGGCGAAGUCGAUCAAAGGAAGCGAGAAGCACGAGCCAUCAAUAUGUCAUUACACAACCUACAGCAAGUCAUUAUUGGCCUAAACGAGAAGAGAUCUCAUAUUCCAUUCCGAGAUUCCGUUUUAACAAGGUUUUUGAAGGACUCCCUCAUCGGCAAUGUCAAGACCUCCAUGAUUGCCACCAUCUCUACCAACAAAAACCACAUUCCCGAGUCAAUUUCCACCUGCAGAUUUGGCGAAUCUGUUGCGGAGAUCCAGACAAAGACAUCUAUCAACGAAAUGGAGAUGUCUCCCAAAGAAGUCAUCGAGAGAUUACGAUCCGAAGUCGCCAGGCUAAGGGAAGAACUCGCAUCAGUCAGAUUUGGCGGUUCUACAAGCAGCGACAACCUUUCUGCGCCAACAAGUCUUCUUUCCAGCCGCGGCCGAUUAAGUGCAGACGAAUCCAAAGAGCUGAAAGAGAGGGUUGACGCAUAUCUCAACGAUGACAAACAAACUCUUGAGCUUUCCAACAUGAGACAAGCCAAUUUCUGUCUGGAUUACAUGAAAGAGAUCAUCAAGAAGAACUAUUCAUCAUCAUUACAAGUUUCUGCACUUGCACAGAAGCUGAAAGACUCAGAACUGAAAGUUACGAGGCUUGUCAACAUGAUGAAAGAGAGACAGAAGAGCAGAGAUGCAGGGGAAAGCGGGAUAUCAAGAGAAGCUGCUUUCAUUCAGUUCCGAAACACUCAUGAGAAGUAUCAAGAGGAGUUAUCAAUCCACGAACAGUUGAAAGAUGUGUUGAAACAGGCAGAAGCAUUGGGAGACAGAGCAAAACAACUGAGGACACAAAUGGACCUUCUUCACAACGAAAUAUCGAAUUUGGAAGAGGAAGACGAAGAAGUUUCAUCAGAACUAAAUAACGCAGAAGGAAUAGAAACAAAUGAAUUGCAGGCGAAACUGGAAAGAGUUCAGAAUCUUGCUGUUGAUAAAGAAGUAGAAUUGGAAGAAAUAACUUCUGAGUUUAAUGAAACUGUUGAAAAAAUUGGAAAGUCUAAGGAAUUGGUUGCAAAACUGCAGAAAGAUAUAAAACAAGUGAGAGAAAUUGUUCAGAAUGAUUUUAAGGAAUUUUGGGAAAAAACUAUUCUUGGAUACACAAAUAAAGAAGAACCUGGAACACCUUCAACACCUAGAAAGAUUCCGCACGCAAAAUAUAACUCACUUAGACCUUUGACUCCUUCAAAAUAA